CUUCCGUAUUGUGCGGUCCACAUACAGGAAGGGAGUUUUCAUCGACUGUUGCAGCCACACAGUGUCCGUGGAGAUCAGGAGGAGGAGUAUAUAGAGGAACACAGGGGUCUGUAUGAGGACGUGAUGAUGGAGAAUCACCGGCCCCUCACAUCACUGGAUGGGCCCAGUAACAGAGAUACCCCAGAGAGAUGUCCCCGUCCUCUGUAUUCCCAGGAUUGUACAGAGGAGAAUCACAGGAUCCCACAGGAGGAUCAGGUAGAACGUCUUUCUCGUAUAAAGGCAGAAGAUAUAGAGGAAGAAGAAGAAACGUAUGUGACUGAUAUUAAGGUAGAAGAUACAGAGGGAGAAGAAGAGACGUAUGUGACUUAUAUGAAGACAGAAGAUAUAGAGGGAGAAGAAGAGACGUAUGUGACUGAUAUAAAGGCAGAAGAUAUAGAGGGAGAAGAAGAGACGUAUGUGACUGAUAUAAAGGCAGAAGAUAUAGAGGGAGAAGAAGAGACGUAUGUGACUGAUAUAAAGGCAGAAGAUAUAGAGGGAGAAGAAGAGACGUAUGUGACUGAUAUAAAGGCAGAAAGUAUAGAGGGAGAAGAAGAGACGUAUGUGAGGGGUGAUCAGCAGUGUAAGGAAGAGGAGAUCCCUACAGAUAUCAGCACAGCAGAUGGACACACAAGCAGGAAUAUCUCAGAAGGACAUCUAAUGUUAUCCCCGGUUUGUGACAUAAGAGAUAAUUACAGUAGACAGGAUUCUCCAGGAGAUAACCCCAUUACCCCAAUUAUACAUCCAGCUCUAUCAGCUGAUCCCUCUGAUCCUGGGAAAUGUUCUCCUGAUCACUCUGAUAUUGGUGCAUCUGUUACAGCUCUGAGAGUAGAUACAGUGUUUCCCUGUUCUAUAGAUGCCAAAUGUUUUACAAAGAACACAAAGCCUAUUAACCCACACACAGGUAAGGCAGGUGAGAGGCCACUGAUAUGUUCAGAGUGUGGGAAAUGUUUUACAUACAAAUCACAUCUUGUUAUACAUCAGAGAAGUCACACAGGUGAGAAGCCAUUUCCAUGUUCUGAGUGUACGAAAUGUUUUACAACGAAAUCAGAUCUUAUUACACAUCAGCGAAGUCACACAGGUGAGAAGUCAUAUCCAUGUUCUGAGUGUGGGAAAUGUUUUACAUACAAAUCACGACUUGUUAUACAUCAGAGAAGUCACACAGGUGAGAAGCCAUUUCCAUGUUCUGAGUGUGGGAAAUGUUUUACACAAAACUCACAUCUUGUUAUGCAUCAGAGAAGUCACACAGGUGAGAAGCCAUUUUCUUGCUCUGAGUGUGGGAAAUCUUAUUUAACUAAAUCACAUCUUGUUAUACAUAACAGAAGUCACACAGGUGAGAAACCAUUUUCUUGCUCUGAGUGUGGGAAAUGUUUUGCACACAAAUCACAACUUGCUACCCAUCAGCAAAGUCACACAGGUGAGAAAGCAUUUCCAUGUUCUGAGUGUGGGAAAUGUUUUGCACACAAAUCAGUUCUUGUUAGACAUAACAGAAGUCACACAGAUGCUAAGCCAUUUUCUUGCUCUGAGUGUGCGAAAUGUUUUACACAGAAAACACAUCUUGUUAUACAUCAGAGAAGUCACACAGGUGAGAAGCCAUUUCCAUGUUCUGAGUGCGGGAAAUGUUUUGCACUUAAAUCAUAUCUUGUUAGACAUCAAAGAAAGCACACAGGUGAGAAGCCAUUUUCUUGCUCUGAGUGCGGGAAAAGUUUUACCUGGAAAUCCAAACUUGUUAUACAUCAGAGAAGUCACACAGGUGAGAAGCCAUUUUCUUGCUCUGAAUGCGGGAAAUGUUUUACACAAAAAUCACAACUUGUUACCCAUCAGCAAAGUCACACAGGUGAGAAGGCAUUUCAAUGUUCUGAGUGUGGGAAAUGUUUUACAUGGAAAUCACAACUUGUUACACAUCAGCAAAGUCACACAGGUGAGAAGGCAUUCCCAUGUUCUGAGUGUGGGAAAUGUUUUUCACACAAAUCAGCUCUUGUUAUACAUCACAGAAGUCACACAGGUGAGAAGCCAUUUCCAUGUUCUGAGUGUGGGAAAUGUUGUGUAAGUAAAUCACAUCUUGUUAUACAUCACAGAAGUCACACAGGUGAGAAGCCAUUUCCAUGUUCUGAGUGUGGGAAAUGUUGUGUAAGUAAAUCACAACUUGUUACACAUCUGCGCAGUCACACAGGUGAGAAGCCUUUUCCAUGUUCUGAGUGUGGGAAAUGUUUUGCAUGUAAAUCAGAUCUUGAUACACAUCACAGAAGUCACACAGCUAAGAAGCCAUUUUCUUGCUCUGAGUGCAGGAAAUGUUUUACACACAAAUCACGACUUGUUACCCAUCAGCAAAGUCACACAGGUGAGAAGGCAUUUCCAUGUUCUGAGUGUGGGAAAGGUUUUGCACACAAAUCAAAUUUUGUUAGACAUCAGCAAAGUCACACAGGUGAGAAGCCAUUUUCUUGCGCUGAGUGCGGGAAAUGUUUUACACAAAAAUCACAUCUCGUUAGACAUCAGCGAAGUCACACAGGUGAGAGGCCAUUUCUAUACUCUGAGAAAUAAAUCAUCUCUUAUUGCAUACAAUAGAUAUCACUCAGGUGCGGAACCAUUUUAAUCUUCUGUAGUAUACUCAUCAUUGCCAUGCGUUCUUUAAGGUUCUUAUCCUAUCUCCUAUGUUUUUUGCAAUAUACAUGUUACCACUGGGUGAAAUAAUCAGAUGUCAUGUCCUCAUCUACCACUGCUAUACAGAUGACCUGUCUUUUUCUCCAGGUACUGAGAACCCAGUACCAAUCCUAAAUGGUUGUCUAGUUGAGCUCCAGGUGUGGGUGAUGCCAGUUGGCUGUGACUCAGUCCUGGUGAAACAGGUCCUUAUGAUAGAAGCUCACCAACAAAGGGCAGGGCUACAGCUCAUCUUUGCAAAACCAACCAGACACGCUUAGGGGUUCAGAGUUACAAAAUGCUGAUCCUGUGCGGAAGCUUGGUGUCCUGGAUGGUGGAGUGACACUUACACAUCAGGUAUCAGCCACAAUCAGAUCCUCAUCUGAGGAACAUAGCCAGACUCCAGCACUUAUUUCCCUCAGAAGAUCUACCUGAUGUCAUACAUGCACUUGUAUCAUCACACAUAAACUACUGCAAUGUCCUCUACCUGGGUCUCCCAGCAAACGAAUUGCACCGCUUGUAGCUUGUACAGAAUGCAGCAGCCAGGCUGUUACCUAACCAGCCCGUUCCUGCCACAUAACACCCGUUCUCUACUCCCUUCAGCGGCUGCCUGUAAGAUGGUGUCUCUAUUACAUAAUCUUACUGACUCUCCGAGCCCUACAUGACCAGGGUCAAUGUACCAGAAGCAGCUUCUGCCUACUUACUGUAGGCACCUAUUACAUAAUCUUACUGACUCUACGAGCCCUACAUGACCAGGGUCCAUGGUACCAGAAGCAGCUUCUGCCUCCUUACUGCCCUGCUUUCUUCUACCUGCAGAUGAAGGACUGUGGGGAGAGAUGGGGCGGUGGCAAUAGUGGUGGAGAUGGUGGUGACAGAGCGGGUGGCAGUAGUGUGGGGUGACAAAGCGGGUGGCAGUAGUGGGGGGCGACAGGGCGGGUAGCAGU